AUGCGAGACGGGUCUAAGCCUGGCCCGAGUGGAGGCUCGAGCGGGCAUGCGUUAGAUAAAGAAUUUGAAGGCUCAUCGUCAAGCGAGGAAAGCAGUCAUGAAGAGUUAGCGAUUUUGAAGACUUUACUGCAUUUUCCAGAAGAAAUCGCCUUACGCCUCACAGACACCGAAUAUAAACUUUUUUACCAAGUACCACCAAUCGACUACCUUCGACAAGUGACUCUCGAUCUUGGAGGAGAAGGUGUCUUAGGAACAGUUAGUGAUCGCCACAUGAUUAGAAGAGCACCUCCUACACACACACCUCAAGUAAAGAGUAGUGUCAGGACUUUGAUCAGGAGAUUCAACGAAGUGUCAGCGUGGGUGACUGAGCUGGUGUUAACUCCUUCAUCUCUUGAAGAUCGAAAGGUGACGCUCUCCUGCAUCCUCCGAGUUGCUCUUACUUGCUGGAAUAUUGGCAAUUUCAACGGCGCUAUGGAAAUUGUAGCGGGUUUAAAGUCACACAAACUAAAAACUUUCUGGCUGAGUAUAUCAGAAGAACCGCUACCGGCACUAGACUUUCUCUCUGCGGCACUUCUUUCUGCAGAAUAUGAAAGGGCGCUGGGACGAGCUUUGGCGAUGCCGGAAUGCAGAUUGAUACCGUUUUUUGGAGCUUUUUUACGAGAACUCAGAGAAAUUCUAGCAGCAACACCAUCUUUGACAAGCCAUUCGGUUGCUGCCACGCCGACACACCGACGAGAUUUCAAACGAGAUUCUGUUAAAGAAGACAGAUCAUCAAUAAAACGGGAUGCGAGAAAGGAAAGUACCAAACGAGUGGACCAAAGCACGACGACCAGCCCUCUUCGAGAUAGUUGUAAAAGAGAUCCACGUUACAGUGAACCUAACCGACAAGUUUAUAUAGCAUCAUUUGAUGAAGAAGGUGAACAGUUUCGAAGAGUAGGGCCUGAGGGUCUAGUGAAUUUAGAGAAAGUAUACAGAACCCAAGCAGUCAUGGACCAUAUUGCCAGUUUUCACCAGCACCGGUACAGCCUCGCGAGGACCACGUCCCCUUUGUUCGCCGAUUAUUUAAGAACAGCCAUAGCAUCUUGCGAAGAACCUGUCUUUGUGCAACCUGCACAAAAGACGUCGGGAUCAGACUUUGAAAAUGAAGCGUUAUAUGAACUGGAAGGUGGUGGAUAUUGUCCUGUACAACCUUUACCACAUGACCAUGGUGUUACCAUGUUUCCUUUAGCCCCACAAAAUGGAGAAAGAAUGGACAGGCAUAUUUUACAGAUAAUGCAUCAUGGUACAGCAUGUGUAGUAGGUGAAGCUGAAUGGAGUGGAGCAUUUGCCCAUCUCAGACUCGAACGAUCGUGUGCUUUGCUUACUUGGAGUAGAACCGCACACCGCCCACAUUCACAGCAUGGUGAAACCCCAUCAGAAAAUGUACAGCAACCUGAAAUUAGCUUAUCGUACAAUCCAGAAGAAGUUAUACCUUUAAAAUAUUCUGGGAAUUUAGUUCAUGAAAAUGAAGCUGGCGUCGUAGGGGAAGAUGGUUUCAUCGACCUUCAGUGCGUCAAAGAUAUGCGUCUUAACGGCAAGUUGUUAGAACCUCGGGACAUAGCAGAGUUAUGCGCGUGCGCAAGAAAACAUGGCUUAGAAACCUGCUCGCAACGACCACAUGUCAUAUCCCUUGUGUAUGGAAAAACCUUGAGUGACAAUCGGACUGUCCAUUUUGUUUUACCACCAUAUUCUUUUCGGGUAUGGGCAGUAGGUCUUCAUUCAGUAAUCAAGGCCCUAAUAAGUCAAACCAAGCUGGCAGAUAGGAGUCUGGCGUGGUUGAAGAAUAAAUAUACUGCACUCUAUUAUGAGGAUGGCUGCUGCUGUGAACCAUUGGUCUCUGAUGCUAUACGGGUAUUUGGUGGCAGAGAUUCAGUCAGCGGUAGCUCCUCUCACUCGACUCCGGUAAAAUAUUCUGAACAAUCUGACUCGAUGAAGAGUUCUGCUAUCAAAUUCAAGAAAAAUAAGUCAACGUCCGAGUUAAAAAGCUCUCCAAAAAGCUUUAGUUCGCAUACUUCUGGGACUAGAAGUGAUGAUGACGCUGCUCAUGGGUCUCCGAGACAUAGCUCAUACUCAGCGGCCUCCAGCCAGCACUCCCACACGCACAGCGCCCACAGACACAGCAGCCUGACCGCUGCCACCAGUGUGCUGACGGCCUCCCCUAACCGCAGUAGUUUAAGAAGACUAGAAACCAGUGAAAGAUUCUGGGAAAAUCUGAAGCAUCUUAGAACAGGCUCAGUAGGAUACGAUACACAGUUAGACUUUAUGGAUUUCGUUGCCUUAUUUCGAAGCUUUAGUUUAGUAAUGCGAUCGGAAUUAAGGGAUAUUUUCGAGCAACUCGCCGUACCCCGAACGCGGAACCCAUUGUUCGGUGCUGAGAAGAGUCGAAGUUCUCCCGAGCUUUUUAGAAGUAAAACAAUUUUUCAUACAGGUUUAUUGACAAGGAAUGGAUCUUUAGAUCUAGAACCACCAAGUGAUAAAGCUGGAAGGAAGAAAGCAUUCGACAUUCUUGCGGCCGCUGCAUUACCAGGAGCUAGUCCAGAUGUCAGCGGCAGAGUGCUAUCUUUGCCCACGCUUGGCAAAUUCUGCGAGACGAGACAAAACGAGCCUAAGACUGAACAACAAUUAAAAGAUAUUAUACAGAGGCACGAGCCCGACCCAAUGCUGCGAGCUGAGAGCUGUCUCUCCUUCGAAGGCUUUGUAAGAUUUCUCACUGAUAAAGAUAAUUACGCCUUCGUUCCAGAACAGCGAAGAGCUUCAAACUUUCUAGGAAAGGCCACCCAUCCAGAUGAAGAGGACCUCCCAAAGGAGCUUUCCCGAGAGAUGACGGGGUCUUUAAGCCAGUACUACAUCGCAAGCAGUCAUAAUACGUAUUUGACUGGUCACCAACUGAAAGGGGAGUCUUCUGUGGAAUUAUAUAGCCAGGAUAUUUAU